AUGGAUAAUCAAAUCGACUGCUUUCAAUGGCUCGAAUCUGACAUGGCACUCAAAAUUCUGACAUGUCUAGAUGACUCAGCCGACCUCAUUCGCGCAUCUGCCGUAUCUCACUACUGGCAAAACUUUGUGAUCUCCAAUGGACUUAACAAGCAACUUUGCCUGAAAAGAUUCCCCCAGCUUGCUAGCAUUACUCAUGACCCAUCAAGUGGUGACGUGGCAUAUGCUGCUCUUUUCCAAGCUGUCACAAAAUUUCCUCAAAGCUAUUGCAUUGCUGAUCCCGUGAGUGCUUCAAGCACAGAUAACUACCCAGAAGAAAGCAUUCUGAACACAUUGGACCCACGCGACAAAAUUCGCCAGAGGGAUUAUUCCUAUUGGUCAAGUAAAGGAAGCGAUGAUCCAGAUAAACCCGAGACACUGAUAUAUAACUUAUCAGCUAACUUUUGUGUUAUAUCGGAAAUAUACUUGCAUCCAUUUCAAGCUUUGUUUCAAAUUGAUUCGCCUAUAUAUUCAUCUAAAUAUGUGCGCUUUAGAAUGGGACACCCGAGAUCUUUGAAUGAGAUCAAUCAUGAUUUUAUGGAGUCUCAAGAAUGUGCAGAUGAUAAGUUUAUUUGGACUUACACUUCACAAAUCUUCCCAAUGGCUCAGGAAAAUCGGUUACAAAAGUUCAAGUUGCCAGAGCCUGUGAUUUGCAUCGGUGGGUUUUUGCAAAUUGAGUUGUUGGGCCGGGUUCAGAAACAGGCAGCUGAUGGGAAAUAUUAUAUAUGUGUGGCUCAUGUGCAAGCGAUAGGGCGGAAACUGUCGCCGGCGUUUUGUGUUGAGGUUUGUGAAGAAUCGAAAGGUGUGUCUCUGAGGUAUGAUGGCGGGGAAUUUGAGGUUAUGAUGCAGCGGGUUUCAAGUGGAGAUGGUGGUUCGCUUAGUACAAGUUUGCUUCCGGUUCAACCUCCGAGGCAACUGGCUUGGGGGAAUUUACAAGACUUUUUGCACAUGGUACAAGCGCCUCCUCAAGAUGGUGGUUGGUAUGAAUGGGUUGUUGAUGAUGGUGAUGAUGAUGAGGUGGAGGAGGAGGAGGUUGAUAUGGAUGGGGAUGAUGAGAUUGAUCCGGCUUUCUUAAUCUAGGUUAACAUGAUGCUAUGUCAUGUGUUUGUGUGUGUGUGUGUGUGUGGGUGGGUUCUAUAUUGUAUAUAAUAAUAGUAUUUGGUACUAAGUUAUGAGGUUAUCCAAGCAAAAACUCUCAUGUUGCUAGGCAUCUUAUGUGUUUUUCAUGGGCAUCGAUGUUUGUUGAGAUGUGGAGUCUAACAGUGGUUGUGGUGUAGAAUUUCUAUAGGAUAUUGAAACACCUAAAAUGGGCCCCGAGACUGGUUAUAUUGGAAUAUUAAGGAAAGGAUAUUUAUUCAUUUGCGGUGUAACUAUAUGUGUAGAUUAUAGAAACAUAGUUGAUCAUUCUUAUAACCAAU